ACACUGCGCGCUCCGAUUCGGAUUGUUGACAUUUGUUAUAUAGAACAGUACACACAUUAUUCGCAUACCUAUACUAUGUGUCGCGACGCCGUCGAAUCUUCGCUCGGGUGUUUGUUCGCGCCGACGACGAGCCUGUACCACUCGUUCUUGCGCUACAGACGCGGACUGCGUAGACGACGAGCAAGGCAUGACCGACAUCGCUGUUACCAGUGCCGACGAAAAUAUCACUGGAGCUUGUUUCGGGAGCAACAAUUGCGCGACGACACCGACCACGACAAUGAGCUCGACCAAUUCGGCCGGCACGUUGCUGCAGCCGACGAUGCCAGGCUGAGCUGCAUUAAUCACCUUCUCUUACGAAUAAGCGGACGUCGCGAGGCGUUAUUAGACCGAGAUACAUGGCUCGACGGCAUCAUGGAUUCAAACUACGACGAGGAUCUGUCGGAAAAUGCCUUCUACCGGACACUGCAGCAGGAGUAUCAGCCGAUCUUCGACAGGGCCAUCCGCGAAGGCUGGACCAUUUGCGUGCCUCGCUCCGGCACGUUCACCAAGGAUGCGUUGACCGAGGAGGACUUUCUGGGACACAUCCUCGUACCCGAUGACGAAUUACCCGCCACGCAUUUUCAUACCUUGACUGAUCGAGAAGUAAGACUGUGCAACAGGGCGCUCGUUCUCGAAUACGAAACCGCCAAGCCUGUCACUUUGAAAUUGCUUUUUGAAGAGACUUUUUACACCGAAGACAUCAACAAGUACACAGUAUGGUGCAUAGAGGGCCUAUUGGAGCAAGACAGCGGCUUCUGCAGCAACGAGGUGCCUGUGGUGAACUCGCUCAAGGACUGCAUAGACCUGCUCUGGUCCGAGGUGCACGACAAGAGCGUAUUGAAGGAGAUGGAGCUGGCCAUCGAGGACUUCGAGAAGGGACACAAGAGCCUCGACAAGGAGUGCCUGCAGAUGCAGCGCGACCUCGUCAGCAUGCUCUACGCCAAGAGUCUGCGCAUCCUCAUGAAGGACUCGAGGCUGCGCGAGCGCACCAUCGAGAGCCGCUACUUUCUCCAGACGAUCAAGAUCGCCAUCGAGAGCUUCGUGCUGCACGGCUUGAGGAAGCUGCUGCCCCAGGCCGUUGCCCUCAGCACCGCCCACGAGGACGCCACUCUCAACAAGCUCAUUAAAAAUCUCUACGAUUUACAGCUCAAGGACUUGAGCGUCAGGCCCGAUCUCUACGACGGAGUCAACAGGGGAAAGCAAGAACUGUCCCGACUCGAGGGCCACUUCACGGUGCUCGGCAAGUUGGGCUGCCUGAAGCGAGCCGUUCGUUUGGUGUCCCAAGGCGAGAGCUCGGUGUCGUCCGACGACCUGCUGCCCGUGCUCAUCUUUCUCGUGGUGAAAUCGGGCCUGGCGAGCUGGUGCGCGCAGCUCGCCUUCAUGAAAAACUUUCGAUACUCGGCCAGCGCCGGCCACGAGUCCGACGAGGCCGGAUUCCUCGUCACGUCGCUCGAGGCGGCCGUCGAGCACGUCAAGUCGGGCUCGCUGAGGCUGGGCAACGGCAACGAGGAAGACCUGACCGAGCACGGGCCCAAGCUCAACGGCCAGUCGUCGAUACCCAUCUACGAGAACAUCAACGGCGACGAGGAUCACAACUUGUUCGGCAACGGCUACGGCGACUGCAACGGCCUCGACAAGCAGACGAGCGAGCUGUUCGAGCACGCGCGCAAGGGCAACGUCGUCGAGGUCCAGCGCAUCAUGACCGAGAAGAGCAGCAGCGGGAACAACGACAAGGAAUCGAAGCUCUGCCAUCCCCUGUGCCUGUGCGAGCGCUGCCAGCGCAAGAUGUCGAGCAACAAGCGAUUCGGCCUCGACGGCACGCCCAGCAUCACGGCGCGGGACGAGCGCGGCCGCACCUGUCUGCACGUGGCGGCGCUCCACGGUCAGGUCGCCGUGGUCGACUACCUGCUGAACCGGGGGGCCAAGACCAGUCUGGCCGACGCCGACGGCGCCACCGCGCUGCACUGCGCCGCGGCGCGGGGCCAUCAGAACACGCUGCUGAUGCUGCUGCACGCCGGCGCCGAUCCCAACGCCCAAGACAGCCGGGGCAACACGCCGCUGCAUCUGGCCGCCGACCACGGCCACGACGCCUGCGUCAAGACGCUCCUGUUCUUCGGCGAGCACUCGAGGAUGCCCAUUUCCGUCAGUGCCACGAACGUUCAGGGCGACACGGCGCUGCACUUUGCCUCGAAAUGGGGCUACAGCGGCAUCGUCGAGCUGCUGAUGGAGCACGGGGCCGACGUGCAGGCGCGUAACCGUCGCGGCCAGACGCCGAUGACGCUGGCCCACAGCAAUCUCGUGGCCAAGCUGCUCGAGGCCCAGCCCAGCAUGAAAAAGUGCAGCACGCUCGGCUGCAAUGGGACGAUACACAAGGAGACGGGCACGAAGAAGCGCACGACCCAGGCCAACAACACCAUGAAGCCGGGCGCUUCGACGACCAAGAAACACGGUUUCAAAUAUAGCUACCGAGGCGGUGGCCUGACCGAGGGCAUGCACAAAAUCGACCGGCUGUUCGCCGCCGUGGCCGAGGGCGACAUUAGGCUGGCCUCGUAUUACCUGGGCCUCGAGGGCCCCCUCAGCAAGACCUUCGUGACGGAGCACGACUCGCCCAAGUUCUGCCAUCCGCUCUGCAACUGCGACAAGUGCGUGAGCAUCGAGGAGCUGGCCUACGAGCGCGAGAACAAGCCUCCGGUCGCCAUCAACGCCAUCAACAGCCGGGGCGAGACGGCGCUUCACAUAGCGGCCGGCGUUGGCUGCAUCGAGAUCAUACAGCUACUGCUCGACGCCGGCGCCCACGUGAACUUGCCGACGCGCUCGGAGGGCCGCACGCCCCUGCACUUGGCCUGCCAGAACGAGCACCCGUCGGCGGUGAAGCUCCUCCUGGCCAGCGCCAACUGCAAUCCCGACGCCAAGGACCACUCGCGCGACACGCCGCUUCACCUCGCGGCCCGCUCCGGCAGCGUGAGGAUCGUCGAGAUGCUCGUGCGCCACGGGGCCAACUUCAAGCUGCGCAACAUCAACGGCAUGACGGCCCUCGACGAGGUCGACCGCAUGCACUCCGACGACAUAUUCUUCUCGCUGGCGCUCACCAACAUCGGCAAGAUACUGCGCAACGUCGCGGGCAACAGCAGCACCGGCGAGGCGAGCCGCUGAGGCAAGAGACGCGUUGGUGUGAAACUGGCCGUUAAGAAGGCCGUGAGGUUCUUCGGCCUCGACGUCAUACACGAGGUCGAGGGCAACUGAACGAGAGACGACACCCCGAUCCCACCGGCGAUUAUCGACACACAUUUUUAUACGUAUACGCCCCCGCGUAUACCGAACGAUCCUACGCGCUUUCGUUGUUUUAUCCUAUGGGAUUUUUCGCUUUCUGUUCCAAUGUGAACGCCCAAGGCCUGCGACGAUUAUUAUAUUGUAUAAAUGCACGCAGUCGCGUAUGCGCAUAUUACGCUGUUGCGCGACGCGUGCGAUCGAUUUGUUAAUUUUUGUGUAUGUUAUCGUAGCGCUUGAUUAUAUUUAGCUAUUGUCAGUCAUGUUGUGAUUUAUACAAAUGUUUAUAUAAAUGUACCUUGUAUAGAUAUCUGUGAAUACGCAGUUGUACUUAUUUCGCGAAAUUUGAGCUUAUGAAUCGACGUUGAAUUGGCAGUUUCCGCGCGGUACGCAACGUUCAGUGAUAUGGAAAUUAUUAGAUUAUGUACUCGUAUGUUAGUUUUCCCUAGCACCAAACGCCCACAUUCUCACGCUCAAAGGUGAAAUUGAUGCUCGUUAGUAGUGAGAAAAAAAUUCGAAUUCAAUUUCGAUGCUACGCGAUCGUCAAUUUUUUUUAUAAGCGAUGAGCAAAACUCGAUCUUUCCGAGGCAUUCUUUUAGGAACAUAAUAAAUUGUACCAAUUAAAAUGGUCUAGUAAGUGCGAAAUAACUCAUGUUCACACCAACGCAUUUCUGAACUAUACAUAUGUGUUAUCGAAUGUUUUUCUGCAUACAGCAGCCAAAAUGGACAUUUUUCCAUCGUAACAAUGUUGACAAAUUUUACUAUAUCGUUUUGAUUUUACUCCUUUUCUCGAGUCAUGAUUUUUAGCAAUGAAUAGAGUUAAUGAGGACAAUCUUUCUUAACGAUAUUUAUACAUAUGUACAGAAUUUCACAGAUUAACGCCUGUUAUUGACAAUAUUAUUAGUAUUAUUAUUACAAUCGAUAUUGUUUAAACGCAUAAUGCUGAAAAGCAAUGAAAGUCUAUUUGCUAUACCGAAAACAAAUUUAUAGAUAAAAUGACGCCUAAUUAAAAAAACCGAAACUUUUACAGUAUGAAAAAAAAUUUUCUACGAAAAAUGUCUUUCGCAGCAAUAAGAAUCUGCCAGUGAGAUUCCGACCGAUUCCCAGAGAUUAUGUAUUAACUUAAUAAUCUAUUUGAAAUGACUGUUUUUUUAAAAUAUAUUAUAUGUGACUAUGAAAGAUUAAAGAAAAAAAUUUUAUAUAAAUAUACAUAUAUAUGAGAAUAUAAACAAUAUUGCACGUACAAUUGAAGGAAAGUGAUGUUCAAAAAACCGAGUACUUAAAAGGCUUUACUUAAUUCUACUGAAAGCUUAACGAAAAAAUGGCUCUAGUCGAGCACAUGAACAUGAACCCAUGGCAAUCACACAUUAAAAAAGUUGAUAAUAUACAAUUAAGGGAAUUCUUGUUCCGCAUAUAAAAAAAGUUAUGUCUAUAUUAAAUGUUUGAAGAAAAAUUUUACGAGAUUCAAAUAAUUAAUACAAAUCGACUCACAAAUCUUAGUAAGAAGCAAUGUAAGCCUUCCAUUAUUUGUAGUUAAUUUUUAAUUGUUGGUUGAAUUAGUAAUAAUAAUAAUAAUAAUUAAAAGAAAUACAAGCAGACAUAAAAAAAUAAAAGCCAAGUCCACUUUAUUGUGCUCAAAAAAUUUAUCGUAGUUUAUAGAACGAAAUAUUAAAUUGUCAACGAUUUAGAGAUAAAUAUUACAUGUAAAACAUAGUGCAAUAAACAUUUUUUUAGAAUUUUAGAAACUAAAUCAUAUGUAUCAUCAGUCAUCUCAAUUUAGAUGUAAAUUAAGUAAAUUUAACUCUCUUUUCCAACGAAUUUCCAUUAGCCUACUCAUUUACAUGUAAUUUAGUUGUAUAUUGUUAAAAUUAAAGUUUAAUUCUUUUAGCUUUACAGUUACCUAAAAAACUAUGCCAAUACUCAAGUGUAUGUAUAAAAGAACUUCAUUUCUAUAGUGACAUAUAAAAAAAAACCGUUCGCGUCUACUUGAAAAGUUUAAUGAUGUAAAUGUUGAUGCGUGAGAGAAUUUAAUUGUAAAAUCAUUUCAACUCAUCAAACAACAAACAUAAAGUAAAAACCGGUUCUGUAAAGUUUAAGUGAUGAACUUUGAAAGUAUAAGCACUUAUAAAGUUUAAUCAUUUUAACUCUUUCCACUGAGUAGUAAUUAAUAAAUGUUGAAAAAAAAACCAACGUCAAAUUUAAAGUUUAUAGAUAUUUUUUUACAAGAUGCCAAGAAAAUAGUCAAGAUAAUAUUAUAGACUCAAAUAAGCAAUACAAAUCAAAAUAGAGAAAUAUAAAAUAUCUGAUAAAAUGAUCUGAAUACUUUGAAGAAAAAUUAUGUAAAUAAUUUCUUACACAUUUAACUUGGUGUAAAAUUUGAUUCAUGUUCUAUCUUCUUUCAUAAAUAUGUGAAUAUGUAACUGAAAAAUGUGAUAAAUUGAUGUGGAUCUGGGAUAAUGGAAUUUCUUUCAUUUGCAAUUCAAAAUUAGACUCAAAAUUUCAAACUUUUCAUAAUUUUAUUUGGAAUUUUCUCAUUAGUGCAAU